AUGAUGUGGGAUAUUGCGAGGCUGUUGUCGCCCGGCGUGUCCCCUUUUGGCUCCGACAUCAACCCUCCUGGUCUCCUCGAAAUUCUCCUCAGUAUUUUUACUUUUGCUCUGCAAUCCGAAAAUGAUGAGCCUGAUCAAAACGAAUACUAUCUGCGAAUCCCCUCAUCACCCGAAAAGAUAAGAAACCUCCUCAAUUUCUGCUUAGUAUCGCAAAGAUUUCGAGAUAUGACACAGCCUCUUCUCUUUCGCACCGUCGUUGAAAAUUCGGAAACUGUACUAAAGACGAUGUCAUUCAUCAGGACAUUAUGCCUACGCCCGGAUCUCGGACAGCACGUGCAAAACUUGUACGUCGUUCCUAGUGACAAAACCUGGAAUUUAUUCCCAAAACCAUUCUCUUUUGAGGACCAGGCUAUUGUAAAAGCUCUCAUUGAAGAUCACCAGUUGGAUGAUGGUCAUCAAGGCUGGCUUUCGGCCUUGCCAUAUAUACCUUUCAUGAACUUUUACAUGGCGCUAGCGGCCAUCUUGACCCCCAAUGUCACUCAACUCUUUGUGUCUGGAUCGACUCCUCCCACGCCAUAUGUCAAUGCUUCAAAGCAAUUCCCGGCGUAUUUGUCCAAAGUGACACAGCUUAACAUCAUUAACCACCAUCGGCACCCCAUCCUGAGAGGGAUCUAUUUCUCGCACAAGGACUUCUUUGGUGAGCAUUUUUGGGAGCCUGGAACUCUAAACCCAGAGCGAAUAGAACUCCAUCAAUGUUACAUGGAUAACAACUUCCUCCGAAUGUUUAUAAGAGCCCACAAGAAUAUAAAGGCCUUUAAAUACAGUACCUUUGAACACAAUCCAAGAAUCUUUCGUCCUGGUGCUCCUAUAUACGGACCCAGGAUUCAGUUCAACGCCGCCCAGGCCCUCGAAGCUCUUUCAGUCCAUAAGAGCUCUUUAACUUCCUUCCAAGUCGAGUUUGAAAGAAAGGAAGGGUUCUGGGAUCACCAUCUCAAGACAUUCAAUUCCAAUCAGAUUAAAUUUGGCUCAUUCCGACAGUUUGUCAAACUCAAAAGCAUUAUCGUGGGCCAUGAAUACCUUCCAAAUCACCCUGAAUUUAAUGCGUCUCUCGAGACACUCUCGAUCAACGAUUGCAAUGUUUUGAAUCUGCCCAUUCAGGAUUUGCUCUGCAAUAUUGCAAAUGAUUAUCGGAAGGGUCUUUACCCAAAUCUGAAUCUCAUACAAAUCACUGGCUACGAGAUUGAACCGAAUCCAGUCUCAGCGCCUGAUGGACAGUAUCGGUCGUUUCCGAAAUCCCGCGAUGAAGCCCUCAUGGUAAUUCAAUCAUUUUUCGAAGGAUGCAACGUGAGAAUUCAGAUCACGACCGCUGAGCCGGCGUGGUUCAAUCAACAAGCCUUGAUCAGGAUGCCUCAGUAG